CAAAAGGGUAGCCAUAAAGCGCUUUCGAUUUCGAGACGGAUGGCAGAAGGAGACUGAACUGAAUAAAAGAUGUCUUGCAAACAAUUAACUUGUGAAGGAACGGAUGCAUUUUUUAAAUUAAUUGAAGGGGAAAAAGGAACCUCUAAAAUAUUCGUUUUAUUUACGGGUAGCAAGGAUUCUAAUUCAGGGGAAAGCUGGUGCCCUGACUGUGUAAAAGCUGAUCCAGUUAUCAAAAACAACAUUUCGAAGAUACCUAGUGAUGCUGUCUUCAUUACGUGUUCAGUUGGUGAUCGAUCUACAUGGAAAGAUCCAGCAAGCCCUUUUCGCACUCACCCAAAGUUGCUCUUGAAGGGUGUACCGACAUUGAUGAAAUGGGGAACACCUGAGAGAUUAGGAGACAGUGAAUGUUCAAAAGACGAGCUUGUGAGCAUGCUGUUCGAAGAAUAGAAGAGACAUCAUGUUAUCGUUUUGUUAGUUUUUACUUAUAAUUUAUCGAAUGCUUUAUGUGUAAUAUUUUUAUAGUAUAUUAAUUAUAAUGCAUUAACAAAAAUAUAACACGAAUAAAUUAGAUCAUAUGA